AUGUCUGAUAUUAUUGAUGGACCUGGAACUUCUGAACACAGAACGUCAACAUCAACGUCUCCUGACGUUCAGGCGUUUACACCGAAACAUAUGAAGAACAUCAGUACCAGCAGUAUCAGCACAUCAGGAAAGAAAACGGGAAUCAAUUUAGGAUUCAGUGUCAUCGGAAAUACGCCUACUCUAGUGGGCAGUCCUUCAGGUCGCUCAGACGGCAAGUCACCAUUAAUCAAUCAUUCUCCUACAUUUCAAGAGUCUAAACUAAAUUCUCCAAGACGUUCCAUAACUCAAGAACGACCACCAUCCCCUAUAAAGAAAAAGGCAGACUUAGUCGAGUCUAGAUCACAGGGGCUCUCGGAUCGGUUUAGAUUGCUUGCCAGCAAAGAGAUGGAGAUACUGGAAAUUAAAAAUGCCAUUAAAGAAUUGGAUAACCGGAAAAGUAUGCUUGAAUUUGAGAUAAAGGACUUGAAGGUCAAUCUUGAACGAGAAUUAAUUCGAAACGUUGCUCGCCAACAUGAUGAGGAUAAGCCAAAUACAGUCACUUUAGCUCCCAAAACUGCGAGGACUCGCUCAAAGAUUGAAAUGCAUACUCCAAAUCAGGUCAAUGAUCUUACGGCUAGGCAUACUUCUCAUGCAGGCAUUUCAACAACGGGAGAACAUAAUGGGCAGUCUUGGAUUUCUAGACCGAUAAGUUUUCUUCAACAGUUUGAUAGUUUGAUAUCCCAGGAAUUUGAUAAGUUACAGAUUUCGGAUCCUGUCAGGGAGAAACUUAGAUUGGCUCAAGAAGAUCGCUAUAGAAAGGAUCAUCAGUCUCGUCGACUCCGUUCGCCAAAGGACCUUUCCAAAAAAGAGAUCAGCAGCCCUCUAAAAAGUCUUGCUGAUGAUAGUACGCCGUCUGACAUUAUGCAGUCCGUGUCUCAACAUCUUUGGUCAUUCGUCAAUGACGUCAAAUCAAACCUUUUAGUGGAUGAAAGCUUGGUUCAAUCCCAAGUAGUCAAGAGAAACAUCACUCCCUCACUUGUCUCUUUGAAAGAGGUACCGGUAUCGCACGACGACAGCGAUAGGGAUUCCGGUUCCGAGGUGAACGACUCAGAUUUAUGGGAUAACGAUGACCUCUUGGAUCUAUGA